AUGGUCGACUACGCCAUGGCCAUCCACAAGUCGCUCCACCACGGGACCGAUGACUACGAGGUCCCCGAGGACAUGGUCGCGCGCUGCGCCGAGGUCGUCGCGCUCCAGGAGCCCCCCUCGCCGCUCGUCGCGUUCCUGCGGGAUCCGCAGCUCGUGCAGCUGCUCAGGCCCGACAAGCAGUACAACGCCCGCAUGCUCCAGGAGCCAUGA